AUGCUUGUCCAGAAUCUUUUCCUCGCCGUCGCUCUGUCCGCGACCGGCCUCGCGAUCGAUGUCGACGAUGCAGAAGUCCCCUACCAAUGUCGCGACGUCUGCAUACCGGUGAUCAGACUGACGAGCUCCUGUGACGCGCAAAUCUACGACAACGACCAAGCGGAACUGGCAUGCAUAUGCGAUGCUGCGAACGCCAGCACACAGAUUCCUACGUGCGAAGCUUGCGUCUCGCAGUAUGACGACGAUGGACCCGAUAAUGAGUUCGCAGACGUGAACGACCUCGUCCGCAAAUGCGGCUUCGCCUACACUACUUACAACACCGCCUCACCGUCUGCUACUGCCGCGCCCUCUGCACCAGCCUCAUCCAUGGCUCCUAGCUCUGCACCGCCUGCAUCUACUUCCCCCGCUGCUGCUGCCCCUGCACAAUCAACCGGUACCGGCUCCGGUUCCGCACCUACUGGAGGAGCCGGCUUCAACGGCACGGGUACGCCCGGCGCGCCUGUCCCUCCUUUCAACAGCCCUACACAGAGUGUUGCGCCGCAGAACACGGAUAAUGCAGCGCCGGCGCCCACAAUUGGAGCCGUGGGCGUGGGACUGGGCGUUUUGGGAUUCGCGCUGGGGAUGUUGUAG